AUGUCUCCGACAGUGGAACUGCUAUGUGCAGCAACAAUUCCUAUAGCCUUUGCUGCUUACACAAUCGUCACAAAUGAACAAAAAUCAAAAACGGCUGAACAACGACGUCAGUUUGAUCUACGACAGGCAGAAGAACUGAAACAACAGAAGCUCUACAACAAAUUCAUUAACGAUACGUACACAUUGCAUCGAGAUGGCGAAUUAGAUGAACAAGCUAAACCAUGGGCAUUUGCAAAUACACGUUACAGAUCGGCACAUCUUCAAUGGGAUUCCUUGAGAAAAACAGAUGUUUUGCACUUUCUCAAAGAUCGAGAAUUGAUCGGGAGAAACAAGUGCCAUACAGGAUGCGAAGUGAAGUUACUAGAAGACAUUAUUUAUUUGAGCGAAUUGAGUUUUGAUAAUAUUCAUCUGAGAAGUGAUACUGGUAGUUUGGUACAACUGAAUUUGAAGUGCGUUCGAUUUCAACAAGUUUCGUUGACGAAUGCCACAUUUUCUUAUGUAAACCUGAACGGUGUGUCAUUUGAUCAGUCACGAUUAAAUGGUGGAAAAUUUCAAGAUUCUUCGCUAGUUUGUGGGACAUUUCACAGCACAGAAUUACGAGGUACAGAUUUUGAUAAUUCAGAUUUACAAGGUGCCGUCUUCAUUAAUGUUGAUCUGACAAAGGCUAAGUUAACAGAGAAGCAAACCAAUGAAGCUACGUUUUACAAUACAACAAUGCCAAACGGAACGCUUAUCAGCCAGUCGACUACAACUAAAGGCCCAUUAACAACGAUGUAUGUUACAGCAACACCGCCAUCUUUACCACCGACAAGUAAUUCAUGUUUUUGUGAUUGCAGAGGUAGAACUAGGGGUGUUCGUGGCUCAAAGAAUUCAGCAUCUACUCUUGUUACAGCAGAAUCAUCGUCUCUAACCGAAGCAUUUACAAUAACAGAUGAAAUAUCGCUAGCAGCUCCCGAUCACUAUACGACUAGCGCCUCAACACCUCUGACUGCAGACUGUCCUAACGGUUACACUUUAAUUGAUUUCGAAAGUUUUACCCAUGGUGUUCAAAUUCCAGCAGGAUAUUACAACCUUCAAUGGACCAACGCAGUUAUACUGAGUGUGGAUCCAGCUGACAAGUCUGGCUAUCCUGCUGCACUCACAAGCGGACGACAUGUGGCCUACAACGGUGGUGGAAAUCCCAUGAUUAUCAGUGCUGGUUCAUCUGCCAUAUUCAGUAUCAAGUCGUUCGUAGCUGCUGCAGCUAGGCGAAAUAAUUUGAGUGUCACAAUGGAAGGAUAUCUUUCUGGAAAAAUUGUUCACAGUAAGAAAGUUAUUUUGCAGACAACAUUGGCUGCUGUCAUCACGCUGGACUGGAAUGGUAUUGAUAAAAUAAGAUUUACAACAUCCGGAGGCACAGUUGCAUUUACUGCCGAUGGCAAGAUCAUUGCAAUGGACAAUUUGUGUAGCGCUGUAACAUAA